AUGAAUAGUAGUUAUGGUAAAACAAUUCAGAAGCCAAUUACUAAUGAAUCGGUGUAUAAACAAAUUGAUAACAACGGUAAACAUGAUGCUGACAGAUAUCUUAAGAAGAACUUUACAUUAGUUAAAUCUAUGUAUGAUGUAAGUAAAAACAUUAGAUGCUUCGAAACUAACAAGUCGUUUGAUGAUUUUUGUGUAUCUAACUUAAUUGGUGUUCAAAUAUUAAGUAUGAGUAAACGUAUAAUGAAUGAAGUUAUGUGUUUAGCAGAAGAUUUGGAUAUUCCUAUAUAUUAUCAAGAUACUGAUUCUAUACAUAUUGUAAAGUCUAGAAUUGAAGAAUUAGAAGAAAAAUAUAAAGAAAUAUAUGGAAAAACAUUAAGAGGAACUAAUUUAGAACAGUUUCAUCCUGAUUUCGAUGAAUUAUUUGGAGAUGUUUACAGUAAAGAAUCUUACUUUUUAGGUAAAAAAGCAUAUUGUGAUGUAUUAACAAAUGAGAAAGGAAAAUUCGCUUAUCAUAAUAGAUUAAAAGGUAUUCCUAAUAAUCUUCUCAAUAAUAAAGAAGAUCCGGUAGAAUUAUAUAAAAGACUAUAUAAUGGAGAGAAGUACGAAUUUAACUUAUUAGAGCUUAGACCAAGCUUCGAAUUUGAUAAACAAUUUAAUAUUAAAACAAGAGAGCAUUUCACCAAAAAUAUUUCGUUUUAA